AUGUCAGUAUUUCCCCCUGCAGAGAUCCAAGAGAUCCUUGACGAAGUGACGUCGCUCUUGAAGUCCCGGAAUGAGACGGUCUCCGUAGCAGAGACAGCCGCGGGUGGCUUGAUAAGCAGCUCGCUACUCACAGCGGCCGGCGCCAGCGCGUACUACAAGGGCGGCCUGACUCUCUAUACACUGCCGUCGCGGAUUGCGUACGCAGGCUGGACCCAGGAGAGUACCAAGGGAUACAAAGGACCGACGACGGAUAUUGUAAGCGGCAUGGCAAAGCAUGUUCGCAAAGACUUGGGCAGCACAUACACAAUAUCGGAAAGUGGCACAGCUGGCCCGACUGGUGGUGACACGCCAAAUCGUACGCCUGGUUAUAUCGCUCUUGCAGUAGACUCGGACAAAGGGACCUUUGUGAGGGAGUUGAACACGGGUCUUGGCAAUGAUAGGACUGCCAACAUGGUGAGAUUUGCCGUGGAGGCACUGAAGCUGCUCAGAGAUGUCAUGACGGACCAAGCCAAACUCUAG